AUUUUAGGUGGCGUUAGUAUCGCCCGCGCCAUGUUAAUCUGAGAUCCGCCAUAUUUUUCUUACAGAGUCGCCCUUUUCUUUAGGGUAGUGUUAAUUUUUAAUGUAAUUUGUUAAUGAUGUUUUUAUAAGUUAACAGUUAGUAUAUUUAAUAUCAGUGAUUAGUGAAAUAUCUGUGAAGCAAUUAAUUUCUUAUCUAACCGUGACUGAUGUCGUAUAAUUUUGAUUUCCUGUUUCGGUUCCCCAAUCUAUUCUAAACAGAAAAUGGCCGACAGUGUUGGUGCGGGUGUCUCCUUUGUUUAGACUGGAUUUUAGUGAAAAUAAGAAGCAAAAGAAAUAAUGCCUAGUGCCUCGUUUUCCUCUUCGCGUUCUUACGUUCGUAGAUCGCGAAGAAAAGGUGGACAUCGAAUACCGUUGCCUUCCCGAACACAGUCAAGUGAGCCAUGUGAAUCAGUGCCGUGUCCUAACAACGUGACAGGCAGCGCGAUGGCUGCGACAGCGUGCGCGGGUCCGAGUGGCAGCGGUGGUGGUGGCUCCCCGCCCGUACCGGCCGCGGCGGCGGCCACCACUGCCGGUCAUCAUAGUCCAUACGACCUGAGACGGAAAUCACCGCCCGCCUACCACGAGCCGGGGCCUUCUGGUACCUGCUCGUUACCUGCUAGGAAGAGACCCAGGACGUCCCUGUCGCAGGGCGUGGACGUGUGCAACGUGUCCCAGUACCUGCAGUACGAGCUGCCCGACGAGGUGCUCCUCUGCAUUCUAUCUCACCUCACAGAGCGCGACCUGUGCCGCGUCGCGCAAGUCUGCAAGCGUUUCAACACUAUCGCGAACGACACCGAGCUCUGGAAAAGUCUAUAUCAAUCGGUGUUCGAAUACGAUACACCGCUUAUGCAUCCCGCGCCCUGCCAGUUCGAGUUUGUAGCCGUUGAUGAGUGUGAGGCAGACAACCCGUGGAAGGAAAGCUUCAGGCAGCUCUACUACGGUAUACACGUGCGGCCCAACUAUCGCCCCAAAAAGGACUCGCGUAUUAAAUAUUUUAACACUAUCAGGGCGGCCCUCGAGUACGUGGAGGAGCGCGGAGGCUCGCCGGCGAGCGCGUGCGCGUGCGCGUGCGCGUGCGGCGCCGCGGCGUGCUCGUGCCGGCGCGCGCCCGCCGCGCCCGCGCCCGCCGCGCCCGCGCUGCUGUUCGUGCACGCCGGCCUCUACCAGGAGGAGUGCCUGGCCAUCGACAGCGACGUGCAGCUCAUCGGUUGUGCGGCAGGCAAUGUAGCUGAGUCAGUGGUGUUAGAACGUGAAGCGGAGUCGACGCUGACAUUCGCUGAGGGCGCUAACCGUGCCUACGCGGGUCAUAUGACUCUCAAGUUCUCACCGGAUGCGACAAGCACCAUGCAGCACCACAAGCACUACUGUCUCGAGGUGUCCGAUAACUGCUCGCCCACCGUCGACCACUGUGUCAUACGUAGCGCUAGUGUCGUGGGCGCGGCGGUGUGCGUGAGCGGGGCGGGCGCGAACCCUGUCAUAAAACACUGCGACAUUAGCGACUGCGAGAACGUUGGCCUCUACGUAACAGACUACGCACAAGGCGCCUACCAAGAUAAUGAGAUCUCCAGGAACGCACUUGCGGGCAUCUGGGUCAAGAACUUCGCGAAUCCCAUCAUGCGCCGCAAUCACAUACACCAUGGUCGCGACGUCGGCAUUUUUACAUUUGAGAAUGGAUUGGGCUAUUUCGAAGCCAAUGACAUUCACAACAACAGAAUCGCCGGUUUUGAAGUGAAAGCAGGCGCCAACCCCACCGUAGUACACUGUGAAAUCCACCAUGGACAGACCGGCGGUAUAUACGUCCACGAGUCCGGUCUUGGCCAGUUUAUAGAUAAUAAGAUACAUUCUAACAAUUUCGCUGGUGUAUGGAUUACGUCCAAUAGCAAUCCAACGAUCCGCCGGAAUGAGAUAUACAAUGGACACCAGGGCGGCGUAUAUAUAUUUGGAGAGGGACGUGGGCUCAUUGAACACAAUAAUAUUUAUGGGAACGCUUUAGCUGGCAUACAGAUUCGCACAAACAGCGAUCCCAUAGUAAGGCACAACAAGAUUCACCAUGGUCAGCAUGGAGGUAUAUAUGUGCACGAGAAGGGCCAAGGGCUAAUUGAAGAGAAUGAAGUAUAUGCAAACACACUUGCUGGAGUCUGGAUCACGACAGGUUCGACUCCCGUGCUGAGACGUAACCGCAUACACUCAGGGAAACAGGUUGGCGUGUAUUUCUACGAUAAUGGUCACGGCAAAUUAGAGGACAAUGAUAUUUUCAAUCACUUGUAUUCUGGAGUCCAGAUACGGACCGGUAGUAAUCCUGUGAUUCGAGGAAAUAAGAUAUGGGGCGGACAGAAUGGUGGUGUUUUAGUAUACAACGGUGGUCUAGGAAUACUCGAGCAGAAUGAAAUAUUCGAUAAUGCUAUGGCCGGCGUGUGGAUAAAGACUGAUUCAAACCCUACACUGAAGAGAAAUAAAAUUUUCGACGGCAGAGACGGAGGAAUUUGCAUUUUUAACGGUGGCAAGGGUGUUUUGGAGGAAAACGAUAUAUUUCGAAAUGCGCAAGCUGGGGUGCUGAUCUCAACACAGAGUCAUCCUGUACUGCGACGUAACAGAAUUUUCGACGGCCUCGCCGCUGGCGUCGAGAUCACUAACAACGCAACUGCCACUUUAGAGCACAAUCAAAUAUUUAAUAAUAGGUUUGGAGGACUAUGUUUAGCAUCAGGAGUGUCACCGUUAGUGCGGGGAAACAAAAUCUUUAGUAAUCAAGAUGCUGUUGAGAAAGCAGUUGGUGGCGGCCAAUGCCUCUACAAAAUUUCCUCAUAUACAUCUUUUCCAAUGCAUGAUUUUUAUAGGUGCCAGACUUGUAACACAACAGAUCGUAACGCCAUUUGUGUCAAUUGCAUUAAAACUUGCCACUCUGGUCAUGAUGUAGAAUUCAUUCGUCACGACAGAUUUUUCUGCGAUUGCGGUGCGGGUACACUGUCGAACCAGUGCCAGCUGCAGGGCGAGCCGACGCAGGACACGGACACGCUGUACGACUCGGCCGCGCCCAUGGAGUCCCACACGCUCCUGGUCAACUGA